AAAACGGUCGACUGGGGCCAAACAUGUUCAGUUUCUAUCAACAAACGGUCGCAAUCGGUUCUCAAAAGUGAUCAGUGAAUACCGCGGAAUGCAGAACGACAAAUAUAGACCUCCAGAGCCACCGACCUUUGGGUUCACUUCGGCACCACCACAGCAUGGCUAUCCGCCACAAGGACCUCCACAGCAUGGCUAUCCGCCACAAGGACCUCCACAGCAUGGCUAUCCACUACAAGGACCUCCACAGCCAGAAUAUCCGGCACAAAACUAUCCACCACAAGGUUUCAAUCCACCACCACAAAACUAUGGUCCACCUCCGCCACAGAACUACGCACCACCUCCCCCAGCUCCAGUUAUAGUGCAGCCAGGUGGCUGGUAUAGUCGCAACCGCAGGAACAAACCCCAAUCGAACGCUGUGGCCGCAGCCUCACUAAUCUUUAUAUCGGGUGGCAUGAACAUUGCCUGGAGCGUUGGUUUUCGCCCCUUGACCUCGACCAUCUUCACAUCUUUGCACUUGGCUGUGGCAUGGUUCAUUGCGGCUAUUAUUGGUGCUUUCAUCAGCUGUUUCCUGGCAAACAAAAUUCCAAAGAAAUUCGUAGUGAUUUUUGCCUCAGCCCUUGUGCUUAUUGCUGGAAUUGUUAGAGCCGCAACAAGUUACAAUGGUGAAGCCAUUGAAGCCAGUCUAUAUCUAGAUGGCAUUGCCAAUGGAUUGAUCUUUUCUCCAACCCUGGCACUAAUAGGCGAAGUGUCUUGGCCCUAUAUGCGUGGUCCGAUUGCCGCAUCCAUAGAGCAAAUGUGCUUCACAUGUGGCUUCUUCAUUCAGUUGGUUUAUACCGAAGCGUGGGGAGUGGACUCUUACUACUACAAUACAUUCACCUCGGAGCAAAUGCACGGAAUUCUCUCGGCUAUUUACGGACUGAUUGCAUUGAUUCUUGCCGCCUUUCUCAUCAUUGAGUCGCCAGUCAUUACGCUGGCCAAUGGAAACGAACAGGCCGCACUCGAGAUACUGCGCCAACUGCAGCAACCUCACACGAUCACCACAGAUACCUACGCCCAGCUGGAGGAGCACAAGCGCUAUCUGGCACAGAACAAGAACAUAUCGACUGUCGAGAGCAUUACGCAAGGAUUGCCAGCGCUUCUUCGACUCGUCUUUCUCCGUGCUCUCAAUGCCAUGAGUCUGUCCAUCAUGGUGUACUAUGCGUUCCUCCUUUCCAUAAUAACACAUUACUCUCCCUAUGAUUUCAUGUGGCAGUACUUGGUAUUUGGAAUUUGCCGCUGGAUAGGCACUUUUGUGAUCAGUCUCUGCACCGAGUCUCUGGGACGCAAGAAGCCAACACUCUUUGGACUGCUUGUCAGCGGAGGCCUUUCCUUUGGCAUUGCAUCCAUGGUGGGUGAUUAUCCGUAUGGUGCUGUUGACAGCAUAGUUAACCUCAUCUUCGUCUAUGAGGUCUUCGCUGGCAUUGCCUUUGCCCCAUCCUCUGUCUACCUAUCCGAGGCAUAUCCUUUGGGAGUGAAGCAGCAUUUCAUAAGCUUCACUUUUAUGGCCGAAAUGCUUGUCUUCCUCAUAAUAUCUUGUUGCACUACUUCUGUUACUGGUAUCUCGAUAUACUUUUACAUCCUCGGUGCAUUUUCUGUACUCGGAGCUCUCUUAGGCUUUUGGUGUCUGCCAGAGACUAAGGGCACCACACUACGCGAGGCACAGGAAAAGUUUAAGGGCAUGUCGAGCAAGGGAUUUUAAACUAUUGUUACGUGUUAAUAACAAGUAUUAACCUGUCAUAAAUAUAUGCCUAAAUCAGAUCGAACCAUUCAAUGAACAUCUUUGAUAAACACUUCAAACAUUGAACAUUGAACUGGGCAAUAAAUGUCAAAUAAAAAUCAACAUUUUAA